AUGACUCAAAUCAAAGAUCAAAUCGAUCAAAGUAUCGCCUUGCUCUAUGACUAUGCUGACAAAUACAACACCUCGGUCCAAAUGAUCCAAAAGCUCACACAGCUGCUUCGACUUGAAACCUUUAUUGAUAAACAUGCACAUUCUGUCAACUCCAGUAUCCAUAAGCUCCCCUACCAACGAUUGACCAUUGCUGGUUCGCUCAUCUUAUUGGACAUCGACUUCAUAGAGGACUCCAAGAUCCUCAGCGUCUCGCUAUCCCUGGCCAACCACACCAGUGAAGAGAACGAAGGAGAAUCAGAGUUUGGCAAUGGGGGCAUGGAAGCUUCAUUCAAGUCUUCCGUUGGUGGAGAGAACAUUGAGGUCCAGUUCUUUAAUAAGACUUGCACAGUAGAAAGCGUUCUGGUGGGUAAUGAACAAGAGAUGAUCAAUAUUGUCAAUGUUAAUUUUGCGAAGAAUGAUGCUUCGUUUUUGAAUAGUAGUCUGGAAACAAUUCUUUAUAAUAAUCUCGUGGAGAAGAAAUUGGGUUAUUUCCCCCGGAAUUUAAAGCAUUUGAGUUUAAUGGAUACUCUAUCACAUGAAAACGUUGAUCUUUUUUUAUAUUUUGAUAACAUUUUGUUGAUUUUUUACUUGAUUUAUGCCAUUGAGUUGCAACAAUAUCAGAAAAAGGAGAACUCUGGAGUGUAUUUCUUCACCAAAGGCUAUAUCAAUUCUAUUGGAAGGGCAACUUUGAACUCAGCAAACGAAUUGGGCAUCUUUGUUGAUUAUUGGAGAGAUUUUAGGUUUAUCAAUCGUCAAACUGAACUACAACCACAGUCAUUGGCUCCAAGAGGUCAAUGCUAUAAUUAUUGUCUUGAAGUUAGAGACUCUAAUACUACCAACAUCAAUUAUUUAUCUAAUCUUAAGGACGAAAUAUGGAAAUUCUCCAAUCAAACGUUCCAGUUUUCCUUUGAUGGUGACUCUUAUUUAACGAAUGCUAACAACGGGAAUGCAACAGUUUCCAUUCCUAGUAAUGGAAGAAACGAGAAUUGGUGUCUUUGGGUUGUUUUCAAUUAUCCUGUGCCAAUUCCAGCUUAUUUGCUCGAAUAUUUGGCGUUCGAAGAUUACCAACUUGAAUCGUCAAAUGAUGAAAACGAGAUUAGAUUGAAUGGCAAGUUCAAUUAUGUAGAUGGCUACAAAUUUGAAUUCAUUUCUAAUUUACCUGAACUCAACGUUCCCUUCGUUAAAGCCAUUCGUUUGAAUGCUCUUCGAGACCUUAACACCUUGGUACCAAUUCUUAGAAACACUCUUGUUCUAAGAAAUGUUCUUGAUACCUUUAAGCAACAGCAAUGCAUAACUGAAGAUAUCCACAUGGAUAAAGAUACUGUUGAUUCCAAUUCAAUCGAAUUCUCUCCGGAAUACAAAGCUAAGUUGAAGCAAUCAUUGAAAUUGUCAUCUCAUGUUACAGACGAAGAAUUAAUGGCAUUGAAUGCUCUCACUAGUAAGAAACAAGAACCGUUGGCCUUGGAUGCGUUUAUGAGAGAUUAUGAAAAUGAUAAUGGGUCUGCUUCCACUAACGAUCCUUUGACUAUAGAUGUUGAAGAUGAGUCUGAUUCGUUACUGAAUAAAGUUCCAUUGUCCAAUACAAUCUAUUUCCUCAUUGAUAAUAUUGAUUUGAUGGGCUCUAAUGACAUUUCAUUACAAAUCUAUGGGGAUAUCAGCCAAGAGGUCAACUUCCGAAUUUCUAAUGGUGAAUUCAAAACUGAUGAUGAUAAGUUGAACAAGUUUGUUGCUACACUAAAUCUCACAGAGAACUUACACAAGGCAUUAGCUUUGAUUAUGUGA